UUAUAAUUGAGCCGAAUAAAGUUUUUCUGGUAACCGAAUGGGCUACCGAAUUAAGUUUGAAAGAUUUCUAUCAACGUAGGAGAUUGGAUUGGAGUCUACAAAUACAAUUCGCUUUAGAUAUCUCUAAAGGAUUGACUUAUUUAAAAAGCGCCGAGAUUCUACAUCACGAUAUUCGCAGUCAAAAUAUUUUUAUUACAAAUGGCAAUCCGCGAUAUACAGCAAAAAUCGGCAAUUUCGGUUUAAGUCGUGGUUUAAGAGAAGCUACCAGAGAUAUUCGAGCAGAUGUCGAUAAUGUUCGAUACAUGGCGCCAGAGAAACUUGAGGAGAAUACACAUACAUAUCGAUAUGAUUUUAAGUGUGAGAUAUAUAGUUUUGGAGUGCUUCUCUGGGAAAUAGCUGAACAAAGGGUUCCAUUUCAAUAUCUUAAUGAUGAUAUUCUAAAAAUUCGUCAGAGGGUUCUUGACGAUAAUCGAGAGCAAUUUUCUUUACCAUUGCAAGUUCCAAUUAAAUGGGUAGAGCUUGUUAAGAAAGCUACAAGCUUUGAGAAGACGGAUCGCCCAAAACUUUCGACGAUAUUUACAGAACUAUUUGAUCUUUUUAAAAUACAUCUUCCGGCUACUCAUCACCCUAAUAAUUAUCCAGAUAUUCUUUUUCCGUCAAAUCCAAAACCCUUCCAUACUGUUCAAGAUGCCAUUGAUCUUCAUAAACUCAAAGGCGGUGAUCGUCAAUUGGCAAAUCAAAUAUUUUGCGACUAUGCGGCGUUGGGCGAUUCCACGGCGAAAUAUUGGGUCGGAUAUUACUUGUAUUAUAAUUGCUUAAAUAACAAAGAAACUUUCGAGCAACGCCAAGACGCAAUAGUACGAGCUGCACAAUAUUUUAAAGAAGCAGCUGAUAAGGAUGUGCCUGAGGCUCAACUUCGAUAUGGCCAUUGUCUAUGGAAAGGCGAAGGUAUCGAAAAAAAUGGAUCAUUGGCCGUGGAAUAUUUUUUGAAAUCUGCACAUAAUGGAAACUCAACUGCUAUGUAUAACGUUGGGAACAUGUAUUUCAGUGGAAAUGGAGUAAUUCAAGAUAAAGAAAAAGGAACAUACUAUCUCAAGAGUGCAGCAUUAAUGGGUCAACCGAAAGCUAUCGAAAUAUGCAAAAAAAAUAAUCUUCGACUUUAA